CCAUGGAAUGCAGAUCCUGCCACUGGACUGCAUUUGGGUAAAGGAUGAGUUCACUGUUUCUCUGAGGAGUCUUCCAACGCAUUUUCUAAAUUACCUUUUAAUGGUAUUCUAAGUGAGCUUAUGUGAAACAAAUAAUUUUGGAUCAUGAGUGAAGAAAAAAACUUUGGUGCAUCCCAGAAAAUGUUGUCUCCUUCCAGAAGUACUAGCAGCUGCUCCUCCAAGCAGGGAAGUCGACAGGACAGCUGGGAAAUUGUAGAAGGACUCCGGGGAGCAAUGAAUUGUACCCAGGAGCCGCAGAAGCAGGAGGGCUGCUUGCUGAAAAAGAGAAAAUGGCCUUUGAAAGGCUGGCACAAGAGAUACUUCUUUUUGGACAGAGGGAUUUUGAAGUAUUCUAAAUGCCAAGCUGAUAUAGAGAGAGGAAAACUUCAUGGCUGUAUUGAUGUUGGACUUUCUGUCAUGUCUGUAAAGAAAUCAACAAAAUGUAUAGAUUUGGAUACAGAAGAGCAGAUAUACCAUCUGAAGGUGAAAUCUCAGGAGCUGUUUGAUGAAUGGGUAGCAAAACUUCGUCAUCACAGAAUGUACCGUCAGAAUGAAAUCUCCAUGUUUCCUCAUGACACCAAUAAUAUUUUCUUCCCUGUAUCUACUACUACGGAUUCUGUCCCUGGUUUCUGUGAUUCUGCUUCAGGUAGAAAGACAAGCAGCUUGACCAAACAGAAUUCAAUGUCAACUGGAGGUAAUUUGUCAUUUUCCUUUUCAAGUAAUGAGUCCAGGAUUUCCUCUUGGCUACAGUCUUCUGAAGAGAUGGAAAAAUGCUCAAGAGACCUCUCCAACUGUCACACAUAUUUACUGGAAAUGAACCAGCUGUUACAGAGCAUGGACGUUCUUCACAGGACGUAUUCAGCGCCUGCUAUAAAUGCUAUGCAGGUUGGACCUUUUGAAAGCCCAAAGAAGGAAAAGAGAACACACAGGAGGUGGCGAUCCAGAGUUGUUGGGAAAGAAGCUAAAGGAACGUUACAGGUGCCUUCAGUAUUUUCUGCCCCUAUGAGACUGCAUGCUUCCAAUCCAAACUUAUCUACAAUAGAUUUUGUAGAGGAGAAAAAUUACUCUGAUGGCUCUGAAACAUCAUCAGAAUUUACAAAAAUGCAAGAGGACUUAUUUCAAGUUGCACAUAAAGUUUACUUCACCUUGAGGUCAGCUUUCAGCACCAUAUCUACUGAGAGAGAAAAGCUGAAGCAGAUGCUGGAGCACGAUGCAUCUUCAUCUCCAUCUGCACAAAUAGUGGGCUUGAAGAAUGCCUUAUCAUCUGCAAUAGCACAAAAUACAGAUCUUAAAGACCGGUUACGCAGAAUACAUGCCGAAUCUAUGAUCCUUGAUUCAGCAUCUAAUGCAAAAUCAAGUCCAGAUUUGGUGAAGGAAAAUUCAAGAGAAGAAGGCAGAGGUCUUGUUCACCAGGUCUCCAAUGAAAGCAGACUGUCUAUAGCUGACUCUCUCACAGAAUUUUUUGAUGCACAGGAAGUCCUACUGUCUGCUAGUUCUUCAGAAAAUGAGGUAUCGGAUGAUGACUCGUAUGUAAGUGAUAUCAGUGAUAAUGUCUCAGAAGAUAACCUAAGCAAUGACAUGGAGAAUGAAAGACAAACUUUAGACUGUAUUUCUGAAAGUGGAAUUGGAUGCAAUUCUAAACGGAGAACAUGUUUACCAGCUCCAUGUCCUAAUACGAGUAACAUCAGCCUAUGGAAUAUCCUGAGAAACAACAUUGGAAAGGAUCUCUCCAAAGUGGCCAUGCCUGUUGAAUUAAAUGAACCACUUAACACCCUCCAGCGUCUCUGCGAGGAGCUGGAGUACAGUGAACUACUGGAUAAAGCAGCGCACACACUGAACCCCUUUGAACGGAUGGUGUAUAUAGCUGCAUUUGCAGUCUCUGCGUAUGCAUCCAGUUACUACCGAGCUGGAAGUAAGCCAUUUAAUCCUGUACUUGGAGAAACCUAUGAAUGUAUCCGUGAAGAUAAGGGUUUCCAGUUCUUUGCAGAACAGGUCAGUCACCAUCCACCUAUUUCUGCAUGCCAUGCUGAAUCUGUGAAUUUUGCUUUUUGGCAAGAUGUAAGAUGGAAAAACAAAUUCUGGGGAAAGUCCAUGGAAAUUGUUCCAGUUGGUACAACACAUGUAACUCUUCCAGCUUUUAAAGACCAUUUUGCAUGGAACAAGGUGACAUCUUGCAUCCAUAACAUCUUAAGUGGGCAGAGAUGGAUUGAACACUAUGGAGAGAUCAUCAUCAAAAAUCUUAAUGAUGACACUUGCCACUGCAAACUGACUUUCAUAAAGGCGAAGUACUGGAAUCCAAAUGCACAUGAGAUUGAAGGCAGUGUCAUGGAUAAAGCUGGGAAAGUUGUGCAUCGACUCUUUGGGAAGUGGCAUGAAAGUUUAUACUGUGGAACAACUUCAUCUUCAAACUGCAUAUGGAGAGCAAAUCCAAUGCCUAAAGAUUAUGAACAAUGGUAUGGAUUUACUCAAUUUGCACUGGAGUUAAAUGAAUUGGACCUUCAAACUAAGUCAUUACUCCCAUCCACUGAUACACGUUUUAGACCAGACCAAAGGUUUCUAGAGGAAGGGAAUAUUGAAGGAGCUGAAAUACAAAAGCAGAGGAUUGAGCAGCUACAGAGAGAACGACGGAAGGUGCUAGAAGAAAACAAUCUAGAGCAUCAACCUAGAUUUUUCAGGAAAUCCAAUGAUGACUCCUGGGUGAGCAAUGGAACCUACAUGGACCUUAGAAAAGAACCUGGUUUUUCCAAACUGGACAAUCCUGUCCUCUGGUGAAAGAGGAGCUAAGUGAAGAUAUUCUGUGCUGUAUUCUUGGAUCUGAUUCAAAAGACAUAUAUGUAAAAUAUAACUAUAUAUAUCUAUAUAUACACAUAUAUAUAUAUACACACACACACACAUAGUAUAUGUGUGGGGUGUGUGUAUGUGUGCAAAUGUGCAUAUCUUCAAAAUUGUGCUUAAGUUAGAAUCUCAUAAUUAAUUUGUUUCCUUUACUCGACUAUUGCAAUGAUUGUUUGAAUGUAUAAAUACCCUAACUUCUUUUUAUAAAAUAUUUAAUAAAUAGUCCUGAAUGUAAACAGUGAGAGGGAAAAGAGGAGCUUUUACACUACUUUUUCAAUGUGUAAUAACAUCAGCUGUGAGUUAACUUAUGCCUUAUUAAAUUGCAUUGGAGGCAGUAGCAUCAGCAUCUCCUAGCUGUGCUGAGGAAUCAGAGUGCAAGCCUUAGUAACUCAAACUGUAGGUUGGAUUCCACAGUGCAAUGAGUAGUUCAGCUGUCUCUGGGCAGGUAUAACUUGCUAAAACAAGAUUACCAGCUGGUGCUGGAAUCUGAAUAUGAUCUUUUGCUGCCUGUAGAAAAGAUUUAAAUAAGCUUUUGUUUCUAAUAACUUUCUUCUUAGUAUUAUGGAAGAGGUAGUUCUGAGCUUGCGUCAGUGGUUCUACUGCCUUAUACAUAAAUUGUACCAGGUUAAAUGUAGUGCUAGAAAUUCAGGAAUCGCCAAAAUUUUCCACUGGGAAAAAUUUCCACUUCAAAUUUAUAGCCCCUAACAGGGCAAGAGGAGGAGAUUAUUGUAUAUACUGCUUGAGCACUGAGUAGAUGAAGAAGCUCUCUCUCUUUCCAGUAAGUGAAAUCUAUACAGAGCACGAAAUCCUGUGCUUCCAUAGCUUCAUUUGUUUUUAUUAACCUAAAAAUUGCAACAGUAAGACUUUUUAAAAAGUAAGCAAACUGAUUGUUUUAAGCUAGAAAUUUUUUCCUAGUAUUUUGAUAUUUUCUACCUCUUAAGAAAUAAACAACAUAUUUUAGAUCUUAUAUUUAAAAAACUACCAUCUGCCUUAUGGAGAAGUGUAUGGAGUCUUUGAUCUUCCUCUGUUUGUUUGUUAUUUUCAGAUAAAUAUUGAAGUGUCUUGCACUAAAUCAAUUGCAUCCCUUUCCUAUAAUUUUAUAUGUAUGGCUUGAUUUGUGAAGCUACUAAACCAUAGGUCAGAAAUUGAACAGGAAAAAAAUGUAGCACUUUUGAAUGAAUAUUACAGAGAUGGGCAGUAUUUUUUUGGUUUUUUUCCAUCAAAUCACAAUGUCACAGUCAUUAACAGAAUAAUUUGCAUUCCCACCUAUCUGCAACUCAAGCCUGAUCCAUGAUUCUUCAAGUCUGUUCUGUGUGUCUGUGACUCUGGCAACAAUGCAGUUUCCAUGUGAUAGGUCUAUAUCCUGUCACCACCCCCUUUUAUUUUUCCUCCAUGCCACUGUAAUGGCAUGAAACAAAUACAAAAGCUGGCAUGUUAAACUGGCUUAUGACUGGAACACUUGGAUGUGGCAGGGAUAAGGUAGACUCCUAGGCAGACAGACUAGUAGCUUAGAAAAGCUUGCACUUUACUGCAACUGUGCUGCAUUGUCCUAGAGAAAACCCAUUAAAAAUGGAUUCAUGUAGUAUAUGUAAGAUGAAGGAAAAACUAUGAAGGUUUUCCAUUUUAAACAAAAUCUGUAAUGUCAGAUUAGAUGUAUAUUUGAAUUUUCUUUCUGUUACCUUGAAGCCUCAUUGUCUCAGAGGCAGGUGAAUGCUUUUUCACUAUUUUUGACUUUGCCCAGGAACUCUGCCUCUCUAUAAUUUCUGUAAUUUAUUACCAAAGAAGUUAGCAUAAUUAUUUAUAUUUAAUAUGUCUUUUUAAGACUUGACUACCAUGCCAACAGCUUACAACAAGGCAAGGUUCCCAUUUAUAUGAAGACAAAAUCUGGGCUUUGAUUCCAAAGGAAAUCUUAACCUUUGGGGGCUGUUUGGCUUUUCAAGGAAAAUGAGAUUCUUGUCAUAACUUGUUCCCUUCCUGUAUUUUAUCCUUGUAUUAACUGUGAAAACUUGGCAUCGAUUGGAGUGGUUAAUUGUAGUUAUCUUUGCUGUUGGUAAUUACCAUUUAUACUAAAAAUAACAUUCAUUUAACAACAAAAGAGGGUAGCAGAAAUAAAAAAAAAAGCUUCUAGGCAAAGGAGCAAAAUUUAUGGAGGAUAUAUUAAGCUUGCUCAUUGUCAUAUUUGGCAACUACUGUGAUACUGACUGAUCUGCAUAUAUAUCAGUUAUAUAUCUGAAUAUAUUGUUGGGUUUGUAUAUUCUGUGUGUGGAGAGGAUUCCCCCAUACUUUGUCAUAUGACCUAAUAUUUGAUAGCAUCUAAAAUUAAAGAAUUAGAGGCCAAAAGGCAAAGUUAGAAGUUGUAAUGCAUUAAAAGCAGCAGGUGUUAAACAGAACAAAUCUCAUUAUUUGAUUCAUGAUUUUUGAGAAAUCAGACUGGAAGUGUUGCCUUCUAUCUUACAAUCUAAACUGUCUAAAAUACAUGGGAUUGAUCACAAGAAGCAUUGGGCUGAGCAGUGCCUUAUAUAAAAUUUUCUUUAUCAAAAUUUCCAUAUCAAGAAGGUAAACUGAAGAAUUUUAAUAUCAUCUUCAGAAAAACAAUGCCUGAGAAUAAUCUAGGGCAUUUCUUAAAUGCAUGAAGCAAAAUCAUUGAACAAGUAAUAGAUCCUUUUUAAAAUCUCUAAUACACACCUGCAAGAACGAUGUAACCAGUUGUCAAUGAUCCUCUGACCCUGCGUUUCCAACAGCAGUAUAGUUUUCCCUGCUUACUUUUUUAUUAAAUAAUUGGGUUUAGUUACUAAACUUCUGUCAACUGUAUAUUAAGAAGUGGAAGGAAAUUGUCUUGAUGUUACUUCUGUGUAUUUCCGCAUAAAAAUAUAUUCAUCAUUCACAAACCGUAAUAUAUUCUAUAAAGUUAUUCUUGGUAAAAUAUCAAAUUCUGGUAAGUUUCUUCCCCAAAACUUCAGCUGUGUUGAUGGAUACCAAAUUUAUUUUAGUGUUCUGCAAUAUAAUUAAGACAAGUUGUUUUUAAUAACUGACACUGGGGGACUUCUUUCCCACUAUUUCUACCCUGAAUGGUAAAGAGAAUGCACGAAGCAACUUAACUGCUACUUUUCAUACACAGAAGUGAUCCCCAUGCUGUGUUAGUUCAAUGGAUCAGUCUUAAAAUUUCCUGAUGGCCGUUGCCUGCUGUUAUAGCUCUCUUAUUUCAUGACUUUAUAACCAUCACUUAAUAUGAUCUUGGAGGUCAGUUUGAGAAGAAUUCAUCCAGCUCUUCCUUUCUUUGUGUGUCUGUUCAUAAGGUAAAACCUUCACUGCAAACUUAUGUCAAAGUAAUGUAGCAGUUCAGGCCUUUCGGUGUUAAAACACUGGCUCAGUUUGCAAAUUACAAAGCAUAGAAAGAAAAAAAAGUCCAGGGAAAUAGUGUUCAUAGGAACAGAAACUCACAGCUCUACUUCCAGAUCUGCAGGCUAGAUGCUUAGUUUCUGAUUUUGGUACAAUGUAAAUUUGGAAUUAUGAAACAGCAUCACUGGUUCAGGAGGCGACUCCAGGUAGCAUAAAGUGCCCUUUAGACCAAGUGGAACUGGAAUGCACCAUAAAUAAUUGCAUUCCUUUCUGAAUCUCUGUUCUCUAAGGUAUGCUUGAUGUGUUAGUUUGCCAGCACCGAUCUACUUCUUUUAGAUGCUUUUUAAAAUACAGAUCUAGCAGUCUGGACUUAGAUUCUUUAUAAAGCGCUCAGAAAACUAGAUGCCUGGAAGGAAGACCAAAACAAACCCAAAUUCUGAAAAGGAAACAUCCCAGAGAUCUGUUCUUCCACCAAUCAGUUUUCCAAGAUUGCUGCUUUCUUUUAAAACCUGGCUCCUAAAGGAUGUAGUGGUUGCAAACACAGUCCCCUUACUGUCUGCUAGUUUAGUGUUGAAUCCAGAUCACUGUGCAAAAAGGAACACCAUUCAUGGAGCCAGAACCAGGGCCCAACCAGCUUUCAGGUUGCACAAAGGUCAAGUGCUGGUCUCAAAACAAACAAACCAACCCCUUCCAAAACCCCAGCCUAACAAAGACCUCACCCCUUUCCAUGCCCCUUACUUUCCCUCAGGUGUUUACAAUCCUGUUUAGGUUUUCUAUGUGGUCCCUUAUGUCUUCAAGUCCUUAUUCAAUGUCCUGUUUUUAUUAAAAAAAAUCUCUGAAUAGGAAAACAGUCCAUUCUAAAAAGCUUUUAAAUGAUAAAUCAUGCCUCAAACCAUAGUUAAAAUCUCUCCCCGUAAACAUUGUGGCCUACUUCUGUAUCUUUUCCUCGACUGAGAACAAGACUUUCUUCCCACUUACACUCUGGAAUCAGACUUGGUAAGGGUAGUGUGCUGGGGAAAAGUGCAGCUAUACUGCUCAGCAUACUCCUAGUUAUUAGUGUCCUUGCACCUGCUUUUGUGUGAGUCUCUUGUGUUGUCUCUCCAAAUGAUCAGCUUGGCAGAGCAGGAAACUUUUGGCAUAUCUUACUUAGUUCAAUGCAGCAUUUUUUUGGUAUACAGCUCAGAAGGGGCAAGGUGAAGAGGAGUGCAAAACUUGGCCCACAGUGCAUAUAUGCUAGAGAGAAGGAUGAAAUCCAGCUUCUCCACAUAUCUGAAUACAUCUUGCAAGGGCUAGAAUCAGAUGGUGCUAUGCAAAGGAGUGACAUAAAAAUAAAAUGGUUUUUUUGGUUGAGUGUGUUUUCAUUCAUGGAUUAUGCUUAUUAUAAAUAAAAUUCACAGUAUUCACUAAUUCAUUCUUUCUAUUUUCUAGCUACUGGUGGAUGCAACUUACUCCAGCAACUGUGGGUUCAUAAGAAACUGCACAUUAUCUUGCUUAUCUGUUGAAACUUAGUAAACACUGUAACUUAUCACCAAAUGUAUUAUUGUACUCCUCCGUUCUUAGAUACUGUUCUUUCUGCAGCUUUUGAAAGCAAUAAGAGAAAUUUUCAACAUAAAUAGUUGCCAUAUGUUAAAGAUUUAUUUAAGCGGUUCAUUUUUUUAUAUAAAUAGUGGAUUUGGUGUUUUUGUUGUAUAAAACAAAACUGUAUUAAAGCUUAUGAGAAUGUUUCGGAGGUUGAUCCACAAGAGAUGAUGAACUCCUUUAACUCCACACCUUGGAGAUGGUUGGUAUUCCCGAGAAUCAGGCAGUCUUGUAUCUGUGUUAACAGUAUUUUAUUAGUUCCAGUAUUGGAAAAACAUGCCACCUGUAUGACGUAUUACACAAAGCUGCUAAAUGCUGAAUUUGUUGUUUGUUUUGAUAGAGCAUUAGUGAUUUCAGAAUAAGGAAUGAUAUCUUAUACAUUAGAAUGAUCACUGACUUUCAGAUUUUUAGGAAAUCUUUCUGUAAUCAGGACCAUUCCCAGUUUUUGCUUCACUUACUCCAAAAAUUUAUAAUGUUGAGCACCUUGAUGCACAAUUUGAUUUAUUAUUUUUGUCUCUGUAACCAAUUUAGUUGGAUGUCAAUAAAUCAUACUUGCAAAAGGUCAUAGAGCACCCUGACUUUUUCCCAGGGGUUGUAAGCACCUUUUUUCAAAGGUUGUUAGUGACAGCUGAACCAAGUCUUGCUGCUGUGCUUUUUACAGUUCCCAAAAUGGCAAGUAGGAAAAAGCUUCCAUCUGCUAGAAGCCUUAUUUAUCAUUCUUACAAUCUGUCUGGUUAUUGUAUAGUUGUGCAGUGUUCCAGUUGUACUGCUCUGUGCAGCUCUGCUUCAUGGCUAUCAUGCCAGACACUGGUGCAGGGAAAGGGGUUAGCUGAUGGAAUCCAUUUACAGCUGGAAGUUUAUUCUUAAAAGCAGCUUUUAGCAGAUAGAUGUGCAACAUAAUGUUAUGCUUUAGCAUGAAUGUGGAAACCACAAACCAAAUGUUCAUAAAACAACUUUUAAAAACAAGGAAACAUAAUAUUUACUGGAUAAAAUAAAUAACUGGAAAGAAAGGAGAUCAGUGUGGUGGCUUUUCCCUUAGCAAUGGUGAUUCAGGACAGGUCUUCCAGUCAGAUCUCAGCUAUGUCUCACAGUCCCACCAUAUGUAUAUAAGAUGCAAUAUGGAUGGACUAGGAUCUUGAAAAACAUGGGAGUACAGUGAGUGUAAUUCCUGAACAACAUGAAAUUCCUGACUGCAGUUCUCCAGCAUUUACCAGGCUCAGUGUCUACAAAGAUGUGGUGGGAGGGAGCAUGGAGGUUCCAGAAAGAGCUGGGAAAACUGGAUCUGUAAAUCUGUUACCACACAAAAUAUCCUCAGCUGUUGUACAUGGCAGAAUUAGGACUGAGGCCAAAAGAAAAACAGCUUUUACAGUGGGCAAGAAUCAGUUCCUGUUUUUUGAAAUCCAGCCAUUUUGGUU